CCCAAACCUAGGUCCAACGGUACCUUUCUGAUCAGUGCGAGCGAGCGAGCGUGCAAGUCUGGCGUCUGCGUCUUGCUCACCGUGAAUCGAGCUUCUGAGUGAGUUUUGCUUAGUUCGCGAAAUCCACUUCUGGGCCUCUCUUAUUUGUACGGAAUCCCUCUUAUAUCUCACCCAAAUCAGAGAAUAAUACAAAGAAAAGGAAAGCAAAUUUAUUUAUUGGCACAGCUGAGGAUGAUAAUGAUUAUUCCUAGGUGCCUCUCCUUUCAACUGCAAUUCAGGUAUGCUCCCACACACCCAUUACUCUCUCGGCUGUUUUGCUCCGAAAACCAAUCCCUUAACGACGACGUUGAGAGGGUCUUUCGUGUGAUCAAUAGCUCUACCUCUUCAAAAAACUUGCAGCAGUCGUUGAAAUCUUGUGGGGUUUUCCUCUCUAACGAUUUGAUUGAUAAGGUCCUGAAAAGGGUCAGGUUCAGCCAUGGAAGCCCAAUCCAUGCCUUGGAAUUUUUCAAUUAUACUGGUAAUAGAAGAGGGUUUUAUCACAGUGCUUUUUCGUUGGAUACAAUGCUUUAUAUACUGGGUAGAAGCCGAAUGUUUGAUAAAAUUUGGGAUGUUUUAAUUGAAAUGCGGCAAAAGGAUCGAUCUUUGAUAUCCCCGCGUACUGUCAUGGUGGUUUUAGCCAGAGUUGCUAAGGUAUGUUCCGUUAGGCAGACUGUGGAGUCUUUUAGAAGGUUCAAGAAGCUCGUACCCGAAUUUGAUACUGGUUGCUUUAAUGCGCUUUUAAGGACUUUGUGUCAAGAGAAGAGUAUGGCGGAUGCGAGGAAUGUUUAUCAUAGUUUGAAGCACGAGUUUAGACCAAAUGUGCAGACUUUUAAUAUAUUGUUGUCAGGGUGGAAGUCCACGGAGGAGGCGGAAGGGUUCUUUGGAGAGAUGAGGGAAAUUGGUGUGAUACCAGAUGUUGUUUCGUAUAAUUGUUUGGUUGAUGUGUAUUGCAAGGGGAGAGAAGUGGACAAGGCUUAUAAUGUGGUUGAGAAGAUGCGAAGUGAGGAUAUAACACCGGAUGUGAUCACAUACACAAGUCUUAUUGGAGGAUUGGGGUUGAUUGGUCAGCCCGAUAAGGCUAAAGAGGUUUUGAAGGAAAUGAAGGAAUAUGGGUGUUACCCGGAUGUUGCAGCCUAUAAUGCUGCUAUAAGGAAUUAUUGUAUUGCAAAGAGGCUUGGCGAAGCCUAUAAAUUAAUGGAUGAGAUGAUAUAUAAGGGUUUAAAUCCAAAUUCAACUACAUACAAUUUGUUCUUCAGAGUUUUCUACUGGUCAAAUGAUUUGCCAAGUUCAUGGAAAUUGUACCAGAGGAUGAUGGAUACCGGAUGUUUGCCAAAUACGCAGUCUUGCAUGUUCCUAAUUAGGUUGUUUAAGAGGCAGGAAAAGGUCGAGAUGGCACUACGGUUGUGGGAUGACAUGGUGGAGAAGGGUUUUGGGUCAUAUAUCUUGGUAUCUGAUGUAUUGUUUGAUUUGCUAUGUGAUAUGGGAAAGUUGGUGGAAGCAGAAAGGUGUUUUAUGCAGAUGGUAGAGAAGGGGCACAAGCCAAGCCUGGUUUCUUUCAAAAGGAUCAAGGUGCUCAUGGAACUUGCAAACAAGCAUGAAGCCCUGCAGAAUUUGUCAGAGAAAAUGGCCAUUUUUGGGCGUUUGAUCCAUGUUCCUAAAUGUGUAGACAGCGCAACAGAGACAUUAGAUUCGGACUUACUUCCAGUGAACCGUAUACUUAAAAACUGACGCAGCAGAAGUUGUUGUCCUGAGCCCUAUUAACCAUUUUGAAUUCUGAAUUAUGCAAAACCAAAUGUAAAGUUUCUGCAAUUUAUCUGACUUUGGGAUCGUGGACCUCUUCUGUGUCUCUUUGGAUCACUGACUCGAAGCAUUCCCAUGCAGAGAACAAAGCACAUGCCAAAAGGCAGCAAACAUCCCUUAAACUUAUCAGAUUCAGAAAACAGGGAUCCUGGCCUGAGAUUAACUCGUAAUAUUUUCAUGAGUAGGGUUUAAACACAGGACACUUCACCGGAGGCAAGGGAGUUUCAUGUGGAGACCAUGUUUGGGGAGUUGGCUUGUAAAAAUCCGUGUCAAGAAGUGCGCAGCUCUACAACCUUCAGCGUAUACCUGAUUUAAUGGGAGACCUGCCUCUCGCGUAUGAGUAAUCUACAAAUGGGAGUAGACAUCAAGGAAUUUUCUGGUUUAAGCGUUCAGCUGUUGAAAGCUUGUCCUAAUUUCUAUUCAAAACAGCAGUUUUCUUAAGUGAGAUGAUCACCUUACCUCGUUUGUAUAUUUUUGAUGCCGAAGCUCCCAUUAGUCUGUUAAAUGUAUUGCUGUGUUUUCUAUUAUCAUGAACUUAGAAGGUGUAGUAGUGCCCAAUUUUCUUCCUA